AUGAAUCACAUUGACACCCACUUUAGGUCCACUGACAUACCAAUUCUGGGAAAUCUCCAUCAGCUCCCACAAAAAGGCUCCUACCCCAAAUUCACCGAAUGGGCCUAUAAAUACGGCGGCCUUUACUCCCUUAAACUAGGAACCGAAACCGCCAUUGUGACUACGGAUCGACGUAUCGUCAAAGAGCUCGUUGACAAGAAAAGUUCCAAGUACAGCAAUCGACCGGAAUCGUACGUUGCUCACACAAUCACUGGUGGCAACCAUCUGCUUGCUAUGCAGUAUGGGCCGCUGUGGCGGUCAUUCCAGAAACUAAUCCAUCACUAUUUCAUGGAAAGCAUGGUCGAAAAGAGUUAUAUCAUGGUACAGAAUGCAGAAGCUGUGCAGAUGGUGAGGGAUUUUCGUUUGUGA